AUGUCGGGUUCUCCUUGGCCGCGCGCCAUCGUCGGUGGUCUGGCGACCAUUGCGGUGGGCUACGCGAUUAUGAAAGCCACGACUCCGACGGAUCAGCAGUUCUACGAUGCUCUGUCGCCUGACCUCAAGCGCCAGGUGGAUGCGCAGCGCCAAGCCACGCAGCGCAAGGCGGCGUACGCCGAACAACUCAAGAGAGCACAAGAGCAGGAUGACUCGGCGCCCGUGUGGGCAGCAGGCGCGGCAGCACGCGACUCGACGCCGCCGCCCCGCAGGUAG